UGCAUUUCGUUAGUGUUGGUUCUGUGGGGAGGGGAGAGGGAAUUGGGAAGUAAAAGCUGGCGUUGCUUGUCAUCCUGCAGUGAGCUGCUCUGACACUACACCAGCUCCCUGUUCAUCUCAUCCCGGGAGCACUGACUGUCAGCUAUGGACAUAAGGCAGGACUCCAGCUCCUUACGCAUUGACCUGCUCCUUAUUGUCCACUCACAGGACAAACAGACUGGAGGGGACAAGAGUGAGGAACCAGUGCCACCAAGACAAGCAGUGAAACCCGCUCCAAGGAAGCCGCAUACCAGCGGACAGAUUAUUAGCAGCUAUGAGAGUCAAGAAAGCCAUGUCCGGCUGGAAAUUCACCCGAAAACCAGCAAGCCUCAGCUCUUAAACAGACCAACUGUCACAGGUGCUCCGCUUUCUACUAACAAUGGAAACAGUUGGGAUCCAACUCCACAGCCCAGCGCUAAAGAUUUUUAUGCCUACCCUUGGGAUAAAUCAAACUUGAAAUCAUUGGCAAUGAAUCUGAAGAAUUUUGAGAAACUGGAUGCCUAUUCUGUGAAGGUGGGGAAACCAAGUACAGUAGAACAGCUGGUAAGCUCCUUGUUAAAGAUGGCACGCACAGACUUGGAGAAGGUCCGGGCAAUCUGGACAUGGAUCUGUCACCACAUAGAAUAUGAUUUAGAUGGCAUGGAGGACAAGUCCAAGAGGUCCGGGGAUCCUAAUCAAACGCUGCUCACUGGGAAGGGAGCCUGUGAAGGAUAUGCUGGUUUGUUUGAGAACAUGUGCAGUCGUGCAGGUAUUCAGUGUCUGAAAAUUGGAGGCUACUCUAAAGGCUUCUGUUAUAAAACUGGGCACACGUUCUCUGAAGAGCCAAACCAUGCCUGGAAUGCUGUCUAUCUCAACAAGAGGUGGCAUCUAGUGGAUACCACGUGGGGAGCUGGAUUUGCCAACAGCAGUACUAACUCCUUCAAAUUUCGGUACAAUGAAUUCUAUUUCUUAACACACCCGGCCCUGUUCAUAGCGGAACAUUUCCCAGAUAACCAGAACUGGCAGCUCCUCCAAGUGCCCCUGUCGAUGAAACAAUUUGAAGGGAACUUGUGUCGUAACAGUAACUUCUAUAAUGCAGGGCUGACCACCUCCUAUCCAGAGACACUUAUGGUUGAAACAGUAAAUGGAAAGGCCACCUUUUCUAUUGAAGGUCAUUCUCCAGCCCUGUUUUCCUUCACGCUCAAUAAAACAGAGAAGCCUGGCAUUAUGACUCUAACAAAGAACGGGAUGCAGCUAGAUGUGUAUCCUACAGUCACUGGCCGACACAAGCUUGAGUUGUACACAAAGCCUUUCAACCCUGGGAAGGAAAGUUAUGACAAAGUUGUUGAGUAUAUCCUACACUGUGGAUCAGUGGACACUGGGUUCAGGAUUCCCAAAGAGUUAGAACCUAUAGUUGGCCCAAGCUGGCUAACAGAGAUAAAAGGGUUUCUUCAGAACCUUUGUUCCAAUCCUAUAAUCAGCACACAGGAUGGAUGCUGCAGUGUUGGAUUCACACUAGUGAAGAAAGCCACAGUCUUAGCAACAUUACAUUCAGAUAAUAUCAAACCUGGAGAUGAAAAUAGGUAUGUGCUGCAGACCUUACGUGGAAACAGAGUUGAAUUCAAGGUCCACCUCCCACAGAAAGGGUUCUAUGCCUUAAAAAUACACAGCUCAUGUGGCCCUUUGACAUUUGAAUGUUUCUGCAAUUACCUAGUUGUAUGUACAAAUCCAGAGGUGGCUUGGCCACCUUUCCCAAGACAGUUGCAGAACCCUGUAGGCCCAACUGCAUUAAUGGAGAAGAGAGGCCUUCUCCAGCCUUCACAGAGGGAUCCUAUUAUUUACACUUCAAGUUCCCACUGCUCUCUCUCCUUCACGUUAAAGGAAGAUAUCAAGAUUCUAACCUCACUGCUCUUUGAUGAAACCCCCCUGACUGAUCAUGGAGGAAAGAGGUUGGUAAUACAAGCUCAAAAAGGCAAUCAUGUUGAGAUACAGAUACAUCUGCCCCAGGCCGGGGCUUAUAUUCUACAGAUUUUUGCUAACAGCAAGACAUCUCCAACUAGUUUUGAGUAUGUGUGCAAUUACCUAAUUUGUUGUUCAAAUAAAGAGGCUGAAAGUCCAGAGGGCCUUGUUACAGCACAAAGCACAUUGAACUCUGCAAACACUGUGGACAAGAAUGGCUUCAUGAGGCCUUCACAGCAAGGUCAGGUCAUUGAAAGUCCAGAUGGGCGCUGUUCUUUAAGUUUCUCUCUUGACAGAGAAGAGAGCUGUUUGGCUACAUUACACUGCGAUGAUAGCAAAUGGAAUAAGCAAAUGGAGAGGAGAUACAUAAUGUACACUCAGAAGCACCGUCACGUCGAGUUUUACAUACAGCUUCCUAAAUCUGGAUCUUAUGAGCUUAGAAUUUAUGUGGACAACAGAUCCCAGCCUGGAAGCUAUGAGUUUGUGAGCGGAUACCUUAUCACUUGUAAUAACCCUGAUGUCGCUUGGCCUCCAUUUCCAAACAAACUUCAAAAUCCAGUUGGUCCAACUGCUCUUUCUGAGAAAAAAGGUCUAUUGCAGCCUUCACAUACCAAUCCCAUCAUCGAUUCUACUGAAGGACGUUGUUCCUUCAGCUUCACACUUAAGAAAGAAAUGGGCAUUUUUGCGAGACUUCAGUCAGACGAUGUGAAUUUAACAGAGGAGGCAGAGAGAAGACACGUGUUGCAGGUUCAGAGACAGAACAAAGUAGAAUUUCAAGUACAACUGCCGCAAUGUGGCAUGUAUGUACUGAAGAUUUACACAGAGUCGGAGCAGGGCAGCUACAAAUUUGCAUGUAAUUAUCUGAUAAACUGCACUAACACAAAAGUAACUUGGCCUCUGCUCCCGGUGGAACUUAGUAAUCCCGUUGGACCUAGCAGCUUUUCUGAGAAGAAAGGCCUAGUUCGUCCUUCCGUUCUUGAGCCAGUAAUUUACACUGAUGAUGGAUGCUGUUCGGUUAGUUUUGGUCUGAAUGACAGUAUUGAUGUUGUUGCCACACUCCAUGCCGAUGACAUCACAUCAGAGGAAGUUAGAAGACGGCAUGUUUUCCAAGUAAUAAAAGACGGCUAUGUGGAAUUCCUCACGCGCCUGCCAAAAGCUGGUACCUAUGUGCUUAAAAUCUGCACCAAGACAAAGUCAGACCCGGGAAAUAUGUACGAUUACACCUGCAAUUAUCUCUUGUGCUGCUCCAAUCCCAAUGUCAGGUGGCCAUUCUUCCCAAUGAGAUACAACGCUUGGGAUUGUACUUAUGAACUCUUAGAGCCACUGAAUGGAAUUCUGCCAGCCAAUAGCCCAGUGCAAUUCAAAAUCAAGGCCAGAGGACUAGCAGCCGUGCUGGUCAAAGGUUUAAACCUCUGUCCUUUGACUCUAAAUUCAGAUGGAUGCUGGGAGGGGACUUGCAAUACGCAAGGAUGCCAAGACAUUCACGUCAUGUUGACAAAUAAUCUGAACAAGAACUACGCAUUGGUACUUAGUUACAAGGUGAAUAAUACAGAUUCUCAGGGAAGUUAGAACUGUAACUCGGACUCUCUUUAUAGGCGCAUCUGCUCUCACAUGCUAGAAAUAAUAAUUAUGAGAGCUCUUUCACUGCCACUUUGUAUAUAUAGUUUUAUAUAUCCUGACAUUGUAAUUCUCUCUUUAAAGAGGGUAAUAAAAUAUACCAGGCAUGA